UACACACUCGAUUAAACAACCUAGGACUAAGGACUAAUCAUAUACGAAAACAUGGAUAUAGUACGACAGUUCUACCACGUCACUUCUCUAUGCAAAUCUCAAAUCAUAUCAGCAAAAGCACUGAUCCCCCAGGUUCACAGCCCAUCGCAUGAGUGGAUGUGGCUUUUGGAUUCCCAGUACAAGGAAAAGAUUCCUACCGGACUCUGGUUCUGUUCAACACUGUUCAAUGGUAUCCUACCGAACCAAUCUCCGUAUGGUGAAGAGCGCGUCAAGAUUCCCAUCGAAAAUGUGUUCAGCCAACUUGGUGGCAAAGUCAACAUAUAUCAAGGCAAGAAUGCAUUUGUUAGUGGCAACACUUACGUCAGACUAAUGCUUGUUAAGGAGGGAGACAACUUUGCUUGCUUAGAACACAUGGAGAAACUUAAUUUAAAAGACAAUGUCUUUUUAAAGUGUAUUUCUGAGUCGCAGUUUCAGGUUCCCAAACGACCAAUUUGGGUGGAAACGUUCGUCCCGUAUGAAAUUGAUAUUUCGGAAGGUGAAUGGGACAAGGUUAACAAGUUACUGUCGAUGUAAAGGCUAAAUGACGGGGAGAAAAAACUUCCACUACAAAUUAUGAUACAUUAUCAUAUCAGGAACUACUCUUAAUUAGUAUCAUCAGAUGACCGUUCAAGCUACCUCUAUGACGUAUUGCAGUGUUAAAGACGCCACAUGCAAUGCCUUAACUGAUCCAAACCAUGUGAUUAAACCAAAAAGUUAAUGUUUGAUUCCAUAGUGGUUCGCCGGCUUUUGUCAAUACAGCACCAUUUGUUUCGGAAACAUUUAACAACUGAUCGAAUAUAGCUGUAUCCGCCAUGUUUGUAUGUUAUAUCCAUAUAUUCUUCAAUUAAAAUACUCAAAUGUAUUGGUCUUGUGUUUUGUGUGAGUUACUCUGAAUGAAAUAG